AAUAUGAACAUCACUGCGCCUUUCCCUCUGCUGCUGAUGGCGUUGAUGGUCUGCGCAGGACACUGCACAGCGAGGCCACGUCCCAGCCUCUUCAGCUACUUCAAGGGCCUGUUUUACACCGGCGACUCUAAGGAGGCGACGACUACAUCGAGAGCCGCGAUGGAGCCACCAGUGGCUCGAGCGACGCUGGACCACGACCACGUGGACGUCUCUAUGCUGAAGGUGGCCCUGCCGGCUCCCCACGCGACAGCUGGCGACCACGUGCACCUGCGGCUACCCCAGCUGCACCACCACGCACCUGCUGGUCACCCACUGGACGUUGAUGAAACCCAGCCGCCGCACGAAAAUGACCACAGUGCGCUGUCAGUCCACAGCAGUGAUCUCCACUACGGCUGA